CUCAUCUCAUCCUUCUCUUCCUUUAGUUACUUCUCUACUACUGAUCUAUAUGCUCGCAUUCUUCUGUCCGACCCAGCGGCGAGCCGCCGGUGACCAUGCGGAAGCCACCAAGCUCGGAGUCGAAGGCCGCAAAGAGGAGGCGAUCUGGUCCCAUUGCUUCGCCGGCAUCUGCUACUGCCCGGACACGGGCACACAAGUGCACAGAGCCACCACGCUCCAGAGAAGUUGCUGUAGUGCCAACGCCUGUAGAAGCAGAUAAUCGUGAUUAUGAGUAUGAAGAGGAUGAGUCUGAUAUGGAUGAUGAAAUGUCUGAGGAAAGCUUACCUCCACAUGUGAUGAUUGAUUCUGGAAGUGAGGGCCAGCAAGAACAUGGGCCAGUUGAUGGUGUAUCCUCCGAGCCGAAGAAGAGCCGUAGAAGGAAAAAGGGUAUUGCAGUGUCCCCCAAGGUGAAAAAAAAGAGGGUGAGAGGAAAGCGUUCAAAAUGUUGGCAGCAUUUUACCAUGGUUCCAGUUGAAGGGGAAGAGAAAGAAAAGGCCAAGUGCAACUAUUGUGGAGAUUUAUUUAUUUACAAACAAGGGGGGACAGACUACUAGUCUUAAUAGGCACAAUGACUUAUGUCCAGCAUAUCGAGCAUUCAUGAGGGGAAAAUCACAAGGUCAGGGUACACUCAACUUCGAGCCGGGUUCAUCACUUACAUCUGUUUGCACUGAAUAUAAUCCUGAAGAAACUCGUAAGAUCAUUGCUAAGAUGGUAAUUGCACAUGAUUAUCCUUUUAGAAUGGUAGAACACAAAUGGUUUAAUAUCUUGAUGAGACAUAUGAAUCCAGCAUAUAAGUUCAUUGGUAGAAAGACCAUAAGAAAAGAGUGUAUCAAGGUUUAUGAAUCUGAGAAGGAACUUCUUAAGAAGAGUUUCAGGGAUGUCGAACAUAUUUGUUUAACAAGUGACUUGUGGACAUCAAAUCAAAAUCUCUCCUACAUGGCUUUGGUCGCUCACUACAUAGAUGUCGAUUGGGUUAUGCAAUGUCGUGUCCUGAACUUUAUUGAGUUAGAUCCACCACAUUCAGGAAGCAUCAUAGCUCAAGCAAUAUUUGAAUGUUUAUGUGAAUGGAAAAUAGAGGACAAGGUCAUCUCAAUCACAGUUGACAAUGCUAGAAAUAAUGAUGGAGCUGUGAGGAAUUUGAUUAACAAGUUUGUUGCAAGGAAAGUACCUGGCUUCAUUUCCACACAUUUUCAUGUUCGUUGUUGUGCUCACAUAGUCAACUUGGUAGUGAAUGAUGGUUUGGAACCAUUGCAAGCUUUUAUUAGCUCGCUAAGGGAAACUGUGAAGUAUUUGAAGAAGUCUCCUAGUCGCAUGUAUAAAUUCCUUGAAGUUUGUAAAACACUGAAUAUAGAACCUGGGGCUGGAUUAUGUCUAGAUGUGUCAACAAGGUGGAAUUCAACAUACAAGAUGUUUGAUUCUUGUACUCCCUAUAGGCCUGUUUUUCAUGAAUAUGCAGACUCUGAUAUGAAUUACACGUGGGAGCCUUCUCAUGCAGAUUGGAAUAUGUAUUCCAAGGUGCAACCAAUCUUGACGCAAUUUGCUGAGAUAACUAAGGUGUUAUCAGGAUCUGUAUACCCUACUGCAAGUAUCUUUUACCCUUAUAUAGUGACUGUCAAAAUGGAGAUAGUGGCUGCAUGUCAUUCUAAAGAUAAGCAUCUAUCAGCUAUGGCGUACGCAAUGAUAGAUAAAUUUGAUAAGUAUUGGGCGGAGAAAAACAAUGUUAUGGUUCUUGCUACUGUUUUAGAUCCUAGGUGGAAGAUGAGAUUUGUUGGUUACUGUUUUAGAAAGAUUUAUGGUGAAACCAAGGGCUGUGAGGAGGAAGCUGAGGUUAGAAAGGAGUUGUACGACCUAUAUGACACUUAUGAGGCUGAGUAUCGCCAAAAGAAUUCUGCUACUCAAAAUACUGGAGGUACGUCUUUGAGUAUGCAAUCAAGGGCAUCAACAACCACAGUACGACCAAGUGGUUUUCGGAACUAUCUACAAGCAACAGCUACAGAAGCAUCUAAAUCAGAAUUGCUCCUCUAUUUGGAUGAAGCAAAUGUAGAUCCCGAAGACACAACAUUUGUGUUACUUGAUUGGUGGAAGGUGAAUGCUCAUAGGUUCCCCGUUAUAUCCAAGAUGGCACGUAGAUUCUUGACUAUACCGGCUACUAGUGUUUCUUCCGAGUCAACUUUCUCUACAGGAGGUAGAAUCCUUGAUGAUUACCGGAGUUCUCUACGUCCAGCAAUGGUCGAGGCAUUAGUAUGUGCCUCUAGCUUCAUACGAGGUUCACACCAGGACAAUCAACCACCAAUAAUAGUGGAUGAGGAGGAGGAUGUUGAAUUCAUACCAUUUCCUAAGAGUGAGGUGGCAAGCUCUUGAAUGACAAGUUUGCUGCCUAAUCUAUUUCUUGCUAGUAGGUACUCAAAAUAAAUGUAUAUGGGAUGCUGGACAUGUGGGAGUGGAAGACCUUUUGGAGUUUUGGUAGAUGCUAGCAGCAUGUGAUGGAUGGAUGAUUGAUCAUCAACAAUUGAACAUUGAUGCCGCAGCUGCAACUUAUGCUUAAUUUCCUAUCUCUCUAUGAAUUGUGGUCUCUGCCCUUUAAUGUAAUGCGAACCUUGGAAUAUUAUGCUGCAUGAAUUUUCGAC